UGCCGGAGCCAAUGAGAAGGCGCGGUGUUGGCGGGGUCAUAAGAUGGCUGCCGGGCGGCCGGCUCCUGACGGAAGAAAAGAUGUGGAGUGGGCUGCUACCUCCUGGCCUAAAUGAAAGUGAUAUUGAGUUGAAUUCUGAAGAUGAAGCCCCAUUAAAGAACUCUGGACUUAACUUACAGGAAGAUAAUGAAGAUGGGGCCAUUACAAAAACAGAGAUCUCAGAUUUCCCUACAGAUGGACCAAAACCCGACGUGGAGGCAAAUGUAAAUGCCUAUGAAGAGUGCCCCUCUGGAGUUCCCUUCAAUAUGUGGAAUAAAUUUCAAGAAUUGCAUAAAAAACAUUCUGAACAGAAAAGCUCAGCAUCAGGAUUCAGAAGAAGGAAAAGAAAACGCUCCAGGAAAGGUAAAUUGAAGAAUGAAGAAGAGUCUCAAAGUGCCCAGACCUCAAGUGAAGCCCAGUGGAAGGAGCUUACUCAGUAUUUUGGAAUCAAUGAUAGGUUUGACCCCCCUGUUAAAAAGAAAAAAAUUGACAAGUCCGGCCUUGAAAAGAGCAUCGACCAGGCUGUGGAAGAGUGGGACAUCGAGAAGGCAGAGGAACUCAGCAACCAGCUGGCCACGCGAGAGAGCAAUUUCCUCAAAACUCUGAAGGCAUUCUCAUUGAAGAAGGGUAUAUAUACAUUUGAGAUAGUUUCUGCAUUUUAUGUUCACAUCUAAGACGUCCUUUCUCAGAAAUGCUCGGGUGCUACGGCACUUGCUCUGGCAUUCAGAAUUUUUCCGGUGCGCUUCAUCGUUAGGCUUUGGUUUCUCAGAGGGGACUCUGGCUACAAUUCAGUCUCUUCAUUUUGGUUUUUAGUUUUCUGUUGACGUACAUGCACUGUCAUCUUAAUGGAAUAAGAGCUUCAAUGACCCCACCCUCCCCAGAUAAUACAAUUUUGUCAGAUUUACCUAUCAGAAUACCUGGAACAUUAUCUUAUAUAGAAUUCAGAAUUGAAAUAUUUGUUUAAAUUUUUGAAAUAGAGAUUCUGUCAAACUUGGGAAGCUUAAAGUUACUCUUGAGCAGUGCUGUUUUCAAAGCCAAUGUGUUUGCAUUACAUACCAAAAAAUAAAUAAAUAAAAGCUGAAUUGAAAGACCUAUUACAGUGAAGCAAAUCUUGUCGUUCUAAGCUCGUUUAUUUUAUAAUCUGGAGGGCAAAAUUAUUUUCUUUUCAUUUUUGUGGAUACUUUUCUUGGGUAGAAAUAUCUUAACAACCGUGUUUCCAAAGGUAAAACGGUUCCUUCAGAUACGAGGCUGAAUGUAUUUUCCCUUUAGCUGUUACAAGAAUUCACCACUGGGAUAUGUGACCCUAAGAAGGAUGGCAGGUACUUUGUAUUUUCUUAAUUACUGUGAUCUCUUGCCACUGAAGAUCGGGUAAACAAAGUAAAGUGCAUUAAGUAUUACAAAUAUAUAGACUCUAAAAUAUCUUCAUUUCAACAUUUCAUUUUUACAGCAGGGUUAUUAUUUUUGUUGCUAGGACCAGGAGGUGUGUAUGAAGGAUACGUUAUUACAUACAAGUCAUCUAAUGCCUGCGAACUCUCUGGCAAAGUGUAUUUUAUGUCUGUCUUUGAAAUUUUACUGCUCUGCCUUCUGUCCCUUAUUUUUUCUUCCUUCUUUUUUGUUUUUUUUAUUUUUAUUUUUUAUUUUUUCCUCUUUCCAGUCAGGAGAGUUUAGGACCGUUUUCUUUGUGGUAUAUUUCUCUGCUUGGCAGUGGAAAGGAACCUAGGACACUGGGGAGGGAAAAGCCCUCCCAGGGCAGCCUACUGCUGUCACAGCGUGCUCAGCCACCUGGGGAGGUUGGGUGUUCUCUGCUGUGGCGGGGCGACGUGUGUCUGCUAAGGCUCAUCUAGAACUGACUUACUUUCAUUAACUUUGGUCAUUUCUCAGUGGUUUUGUAAUUUAAAUGUUCUUCUGUGUGUCAUUUUGUAGUCUGAACGUAGUCCAGGGGACUUUUAAAUGGUGAUUUUAAUUCUUUGAAGCCUUGUUCUCCUCAGUCCUUAGAAGUAAUUUCAGUAGUCUCAUACAGAUGAACAGUUAGCACAAUGUAUGGAAAAUAAGCCCUGCCUGUCCAGGUAAGGGAAGGUCCAGCUGUUCGAAUUCCUUUACAUUGAGGCUAAAGAUCUAUUCAUCCUCAUAAAAAUUGUGUAUAGGCUUGAAGUCAGAGCAUUUUAAUAUGGGAAAAAUAAAAAUGGUACUGAGUGAUGGGUUUUUCUCUCCGGUUUUUAGGGGUGCUUACUCCUAUCUCCUUGCAUUGAGGAUAUUUUCUUUUAACCUUUGGGGUAUGAUUGGGUGAUCACCUAGAAUGGUGUUCCUUAUGCUCUCUUUUAAUUAUGUUUAUCUGUGCUUUUAACAAACCUUAAGAAAAGAUUUCAGAUGUUACAAGUCUAAUUAAAGAGACAGACAAAGCACAGUUUAUACUGUAGAUUUUUUCUGCAGUUCAAUUAAUCAGCAUGUUUUCUCUUUUAAUUAAAACCAUUUUAGUAAAUUAAAGCCCACAGCAAAACACAUAUAUAAUUUGUUUGUAAUUAGCUCUUAAUUGGUGGUAGUUGAAGCUUAGCACCCUUGGUUUCUUUCUUCAUGAUUGCCAUUUUAUUAGCAGCCAGUCAUUAAUUAAUCUUUUUCUAAUUAGCUUAUAAAACUGUUGAUGGCACAUUAUUGUAAAUGUGAUUUUAAGUUCAAAGCUUGUUAAUAAGCUUUCUUACUUAGAAGAACAGAGAUAAAGAAAUUGCUGAAAACAGUACUACAGUUCUUUAAAAAAAAAAACUGUCUUUCUUAUGGGGACUGUGUAAAGCAUCUAACAGCUUAUGGUUAAUUUUUUAAUGCUUUUUUUUCCCUUAUGAAUGGGAUAAGUUGCUUGAAUAUAAAUCAUCUAUAUCCAGGAGUAAUUUCAACAGUAUAACGUCUUUUCACCCUCCUUUGGAAUACAGUAAUCUACAUAUAAUUUGAAGCCUUAAUAGUCAUCAUUAAAACAGGUGUUAUAUAAACUAUUUCACUAUGAAAUCAAAGUUGAGUAUAUGAAUCAAAGUAUAUCUUCUUACACUUUACAGACCGAAUACAUACUACUUUUAUAAAUUGCAGGGUUAAUAAUAUAUACGUAUAUAUAUGUAUAUGUAUAUACACACGCGCGCAUGUGUGUGUGUAUAUACACACACACACACACACACACACACACACACACACACACACACACACAUACACUUACGUGUUUUUUAAAACAGAACUUGUUGGGUUAUGCUUUGAAAGUAAAAACUACCUGGCUUUAACUGAUAGGCAGUUGUAGGUAUAAAAUAAAUGAUAGGUGCUUGUACCAUCACACAGAUGUGUAAGUGUGUGCGUGUGCUUUUGGAGAUGACAGUGAGUGAGGUUAGGCCGUUGACUGUAACAGAGAGAGGACGACUGGAAGUCAGGUCGGAGUUUAAAUGAUUGGGCGGAGCAUAGCCUGUUUGCAGCCGUCACAGCCUUGGCAUCUCAGGUGGGGCCGCGGAGGGGUACCGGUCCAAACGCAGACGCCCCGAGUGUACUUUAUAGCACACACCACACUGAAUUGUGGUUUGAGUGAAACACAUUAGCCACAUCAUACUCUGUAUCGAAAUAUGCUACAGAUUCCACGAAACUCCUGAACUGCACGGUGUCCUGAGCUAUUUAUCCAUAUGAGUGCAAAGUUCUGAAAGUUGUAGAAAACACAAAGCAUUAUCAGUUCCUGGAAGAGCUUUUUCUUAUUUGCUUUUUGAACUUCCCAUGUUAUUUCAACUUUGGCUAUUUCUUUGCUUGUUUUUAAGAAGGCGUUUUAUGAUGCCAUGCAAGAGACACUAGAAGGGGAUAGCUGACGAGGAAAAAAUUAAAAAUUGGAUAAAAAGUAAAUGAAUAAUGUCAUAUUACCAAAAAGAUGAGAGGCUAAUUUGUGCCGACUUUUUGCUAAUUUUGUUCAAGCCUCAAAAUGAGGAGCUGUCACCCGUUCUGUGUAGCACUGAUGACAGUGCCAAUGAUCCAUGAAAUAAGCUGCCGCUGGCUUUGUUCUGAUAAGAAUGAACAAAUCUGCACAAUGUUCGGCUCCCAGAAUCUCAUUUUCAUACUUGCAUGCAGGCUAAAAGAAAUAAGCUGUUUGCAGGCUUGAUUAAUCAGACAUUGGAGGGGUUUUUGUCUCUUUGAUCUCUUUCGUCUCCUAGGUAACUCGCUUGACAUUAAUGUUGAGCUUGAGUAAAGACAAUCAGGAAUUGUCGACCAAACUGAUAUAAAAAUUAAAGACCUUAACACUUUAAGUACUCCAGUAAUGGUUCCGCUUUACUUCAGAAAACAUCUGUUUUCAUUUAAUUAAAGAACAAAAGAGAAUGGCAUAAAUAUUUUUCAUAGAGACCUAUUAUUCCAUAAAAAGUUAAAGUAUGAUAAUUGGUAUUUUUAAAUAAGUGCCUUGAAAGUGUUCAAAAGGGAGGAAAACUUCAUAAAUCUGCUACAAGCUAGUAAUUUUGAGAUGAGUAAAAUAUUUUAUGAAAUGGAUAAGAAGUUUACAGUUAUGCUAGAUUAAGCUGUUUGAAUCAGAUGCUUCAGAUGAUUAUCAGCAAACUUCAGAAUGGCAAAGGCUUAGCAAGAAAAACCAACUUUAUUUUGAAAGUUUGUCUUUUAAAAAUCUCUACCGUGUUACAAGAUGCGCCAUUAUAUCUCUUUUACAACCCAAUAUGAUUUACACAUGCGAAACCUGUAAAAUUGAAAGGAAUUAAAAAAAUGUCGCCGUGCACUUGCUUGAGGUUAUGCAGACGCUUUUACAAAUCUUCCAAGUGUCUGUAAAGAUGAAUGCCCCAAGGGUCCAGCCAGGGCCCUGCUUUUCCAACCAGCUAAAGCCCUUAUCUUAAAUCCAAGCAAAGUACCAUUAAUCUUUUUGAAAGACCUUUUAUGGCUUUUAAUAUAUCCCAAAUUAGAACAUUUUACACCCUUGGUUCCUGAAAUAUGGUGAUAAAAAGCCUUUAGAGCUUAAUUUUCCUUACCGCUUGCUCUGACCAAUUUGCAGUUCUUUGUGAUAAUGUUUAGACACCUUAAUUAAAAUGCAGCAAAAUAUUGGAUGUUCUAUAUGGAAAAUGCUGAUACUUUGGCUACACAUACAAGAAAUUCUGUAUAUAUUUUUAUUCAUUUAAAAAUUUUUCUUGCCACAUUGUGUUGCUAUAGUUAUCUGAUGACCCAAAACAUUUUUUUUUUUUUUUUAAUAUAAAAACCAUCGGCCAAGCUUUUGUGAUGUUUACUUUGGGCAUGAGGAUGCAUUUUUCUUCUUACAGGAGUGAAAGGAUUCUCGUUGGCCUGUGUUAUUUGUAAUACUGAAACAUAGCACGAUAUUCUUUUAUCUCCGGGAACUUGGCUUCGUCAUCUUGCCUGGGAAAAUGAGUUUCUUCUCAACUGUCUCUUCCAUAGAAGAUCUUAUUAUCCUUUCAUAUUUCCAAAUACUUCCGUUCUUUUUUUCUUUCCCCACAGGAAUAAGUGAGACACAUUUUAAGCGUGUGAAGGACACAAAAUUGAUAUGACUUUUCAUCAUCAUUACAAGCUAAAAGAUUCUUUCUGUAAAUACAUAGACCAGGCUUGUUGAAUGUUUAUCAGUCGAAGAACAUUCCAUUUAACCUAACCCAAGGCAAAAUACAGUUAGAAAAUACACUUUGUACCCGAAGAGGUCUGUUUGAAAGUAUUGCCUACGUACCCAGUCAUUUAUUAUAUGUACUUAGUCCACAGAAAUGCUGGAGCCCUCUCAUGUAAAUACAUGUUUCAUGCACUUUAAUGAAUUACUGUUAACAGAUUCAUACCAUGUCUUGUGGAAUGUAUGCUCUAAAUCCUUACUGCGGUGCUGAGUGCGCUGGCUUGGCCUGAACGUUGCCAGAAAAUGAAAAGCGUUUACGUUCUUAGAGCGCAUGACCGCGUUGAGAUGAAGAGUCCCAUUUAAGUCGAACACGCUGAGAUACUCUUUGGUUUAUCAAUCCCCAAUCCAGAAAACCCACGUUGGAAAAUCUCAGUAAGUUAAACAUGUAAACUACCUCUUAAUUUACAGCGGUUUUAGGAAAUAAUGUUUUCACGUGGUUGACGGUACAUGGCGGAUAUGGUUUGGACCAUUUUUGUUUUAUCCUCCUUGCACAGGCUCGGUUUCAAUAGGAGAUGAACUAGGCGACUGGGACUUCUGUUGGGAGGUGGGCUUGGCAAAACUCUCCCGUACCAAGUUGGCAUUUGAUACGUAACACAUAGGAAUAUGGUGAAGUAGAAAACGCAGAGUUCCACGUUUUACCUUUUGGAGGGUGAGGGGCAGGGAAGAUACUGAAUGUUCUACGUGCACAGGUAGCCAGCUGGGUUUUACGACAGUAGGCCGUUCAAUAGGUGCACUCGCUGUUCCCCUGCUCGCCCGCAGCACCCGACGUCCCCGGCUGCCCGGCUUCAGGGGGAACUGCGUGGGUAGUCGCGACCAGAGGGCAGUGCGCAGACAUGACGUGUGUCACUUCCGUGCCAAAGCGUUUGAGAGCCAGUGUGAGACCCUCCGGCCGCCCCCUUCCUCUGCCGCCGCGAACCCGAAAGUCACACGCUGAGAGGCCGGCACCACGAGACGGAAGAGAGCCCAGCCAUGCCACAGCCGACCAGAAGCGGAACAAAAAGUCCAAGGGCAGCCAGUGGGAUUCGGGGAUUUGUCUGAUAAGUGUACUUGCGGCUGGCCUCACGCGACAGGUGCUGACCUGAUUUUCACGUUUAUGGCAGAUGGGAAGGUUUUCGGGGGAAUCCAUCUUAAUGAUAAAUAGGCCACUUGGCUCCCGUCCCGUUUCAUUUUCCCUGGAGAUGAUGAUGCUGUAGCCCUUUGAUUCUUAGCCCUUUCUUAGCUGACGUAUCUGAACUUUUCUGUGAUGAACAACCGGAAACCAAGAGACAACCAAGAGAAGGCCAGUUUUGAAGCAGUGCAAGUGGCGACCCCUUCUUCCCAGCCCCCAGUGUGAAAAGAAGCCUGGUUUUGUUCAGUGCUGUGUCUCCGGUGCCUAGAACAGUGCCUGGCAAAGCCAUGCGUUUGCGCCCUCCUGAUAUUUGUUGAGUGAAUACUGUCCUGUGAAAAAGAUAAGUGCUGCUCGCGUUGGUACGAAUUUUGAGACUCUGAGGUUGGUCUGCCUCCCCAGGUGGGCCCUCGAGUCACAGCUGAUCAUUCUUUCAUCGGUGCCUGUGCUGUUGGUGUUGACCAGUUCAGCCCUCUGGCUUGAUUGUUGGGUUGCUUCCAUUCUUGGUGCGUAUUCUUACCUGGACUGGAAACUCAAACCACUCUAUGCCCUCAUUUAUAAGCCCCGAGCAGUGCUUGAUUCCUGCAUGUUCGUUUCAUCCUAAAGGAAACUCUUCUCCGAAACGAGCUGAAAGAAAUGUCAAGCAUGUGAAGCCUCAUUUUCCUAAAUCAACUUCUCAUGCGUGUGGUCUUAGCCACCCAUGAUGCCUCACCGUUGGCCAGCAGAUCCCUAAAACUCGGGCUUUAACGCGUUGAUUCGACAGCGGCUUCCAGGUCCUUCCUUCUCUUCCGCAAGUCUGUUGUCCGGUAACGUUCAUUAGGGUGACUCCAGGGAAAGAAAGGGAAAGAGACCCCAGAAGGAGAUGUGUAUUUAGCCUUUGUUGUUCAACCUGGGUUCUUCACAGAUAUCUCUGAGCUGUUCAUAUAGGCAGGUGUUUUUAACAUCAGAGCCGCUAGAACUAGAAGAUGGCCAUCCUGUCCUGGAGAUACUCUCUGAGGAACAGUUCUGCAGCCAGAGAGCCGUGUGUAGGCCCGUGUGUGGGAACCGAAGAUGAUGGCGUAGAGGCUGAAGGGCCGGAGAAAUACAGACACAGAGACUGUUUUAGGCUGGCUUAGAGAAAACUUAGGAGGUAGAGGUGGGGUGGG